AUGGCGAACUAUGACACCAUUCAUGACCUCGAUGAGGUUUCUCCUCCGGGGACUCCCUCACCUGCGCUUAGUCGAUCAGUAUCAAUCACUACCAACGGCACUCAGGACGAACAUGUUGAUGAGACUAGUACGCAGCCGGAUUCGUCAGAACUAAAGAUGCCUAGCGUUCGUGUCACAUCUGACUCGAUUGCUUCGGAACCCCAGCUCAAACUCCCUCGUUCAAGUCAAAAGUGGUGGGGUAGAUUUGGUAACACUGGCCUGCUUAUUCUUGUUGCUGGCACUGUUUGUAUUCUCAUUUCAUGCUCGAUCCUCAUAUUUCUUUGGGCAGGAGCCGGCCAGGCCAGAAGACAUGAGCAUCGGCCUCAGCUAUGGAACUUUAUCAUCUUCUCGGGGUGGUCCAUAUCCACAGUCACCAUCUGCUCGGCUGUUCUCCGCGUUUCUCUGGGCUUUCAAACUGGUAUCAUCGCUGCAGCUGUAUCGUCCGUGGUACUUGAAACCUCUGGUGUUAGGUUCUCUGACAUCGCUAUGUUCUCUAUCCAUAGGACUAUGGUAACUAACUCCCGCACGGCUUGUGUGGGUCCGGCCUUUGAGUCUGUGAAGAUCGACUAUUCCCCCCCAAGCAAUUCGACGCCGCCUGGACUACUACUUAGGGCCAAGUUUGAAGCGCAUAUCAACGAAAUAUCGAAUAUCGGCCGGUACAAAUAUUCUUCAAUGACCGUCGAGUGCAAAUUGCAGAACGAUUGGGAAGGGCCAACUUCGACUUGGCCGUUGACGAUGUGCAGGGUGUUGACUGAAGGGUCUGAGCAAAUAUUCUACGACUUCCACCCGAGGCUUUUGGUAAAUUCAAGUGAGCCACUCAACAAAGUUGGCAUCGUUACCGACUGGGAUUAUCACAGCGACGAUUAUUCUGAGUAUCUUGAUCAAUAUCGUACAAGGUUUCAGAACCUAACGACAAAACAGGAAGGUCCUUGGACCAAGGCCUUCAAUUCCAACAACUCAGAAGUUUUCCAGGCCACUGUUUGCUUCAGUCGCCAGAUACCGGAAUUUAUUCACAAUGUCACUAUCAUAGGACGAGCUAUUCCAUCUGAGCCUGACGUCAACGGACAAAGUAAUAAGAACAACGCCAGUCUCAUAAGCCAAUUCGGCGUUGGCUCAUCACCUGGUAGUAUAGAGGAACGCGGUAUACUGAAGCUUAUCAUUCAUGAUAUAUAUGGAAACUAUCUCGAUGUUGGCUAUGACCCCUACGGUUUUGCAGUUAUUCUCAAUAGCAUUGAAUUGGGCGGAUGGAGUCUCAAAAUCGAUGGUGUCGGUGAAAGGACUCCACGAUUACCGACAAACUGGUUUUUGCAUCCAGAGCACAUGCUUUGA